GAUCCAUCCGAUCUGCACCAGUACACACACUAUUAUACUACACAAAAGUCCCUUUCAAUACUACAUAUUUUGGUAACCAAGAAAACAGAGCAAAACCAUCCAUUUUCUCACACACCACGUUCCCUCUAUAAAUUCCAGCCAAAACCCCAUUGCCAUUAACACACUAAACUCACCUCUGAUUUUCAGACAUCACUAAUUGCACUCUCCUCCCUUUAACAGAAAAAAAAAAAAAAAAAAUGGAGAAGGCAACCACAAACAACAACACUCCAUUCGAACUGACGGUGAAACGAGGCCCGCCGUGCCUGGUUCCGGCGGCGGAGGAAACUCGGAAAGGGCUCUACUUCCUGUCGAACCUGGACCAGAAUAUAGCCGUUAUCGUUCGAACGAUCUACUGCUUCGAAUCGGGAGACAGGGGAAACGACGACGUUUUCGGGGUCGUUAAGGAUGCACUGUCGAAGAUUCUCGUCUACUACUAUCCGUUAGCGGGGCGCUUGACCGUAAGUUCUGAGAUGAAACUGAUAGUCGAUUGCACGGGGGAAGGUGCGGUGUUUGUCGAGGCGGAGGCAGAGUGCGAACUCGGUGAACUCGGUGAUAUUACAAAACCUGAUCCUGUUACUCUUGGUAAACUUGUUUAUGAUUUCCCUGGUGCCAAACACGUGCUUGAAAUCCCUCCUUUGGUUGCUCAAGUGACUAAGUUCAAGUGUGGAGGGUUUGUACUAGGGUUGUGCAUGAACCAUUGUAUGUUUGAUGGGAUUGGUGCAAUGGAAUUUGUGAAUGGUUGGGGGGAAAUAGCAAGAGGAAAUUUACUAAAAAGCCCCCCAUUCAUGGAUAGAACCAUCCUCAAGGCAAGAAUCCCCCCGAAAAUCGAGUUCCCCCACCACGAAUUUGCCGAGAUCGAAGACAUCUCCACCUCGCACAAGGAGGAGAAUAAUAUGCUCUACCGAUCCUUCCGGUUCGACUCCGAGAAGCUCGAGCACCUCCGAGAAACGGCCCUCGCGGACGGGACCCUAAAAAAAUGCACGACGUUCGAGGCACUCUCUGGCUUCGUCUGGCGGGCCCGAACCGAGGCCCUAGACCUAAAGCCCGAUCAAGAAACGAAGCUCCUAUUCGCGGUCGACGGACGGUCGAGAUUCGAUCCGCCGAUCCCGAAUAAUUAUUUCGGAAACGCCAUUGUCCUGACCAACGCACUGUCCAAGGCGGGCCCACUCAUUGAAAACGGGCCCUCGUUCAGCGUCGGGCUGGUCCAGGAGGCGGUGAGAUUAGUGACGGAUGGUUACAUGAGAUCGGCGAUCGAUUAUUUCGAGGCGACUCGGGCUAGGCCUUCUUUGGCUUCGACCCUUUUGAUCACGACGUGGUCGAGGCUCUCGUUCGGCACCACGGAUUUCGGGUGGGGCCCGCCCGUUUUGUCGGGGCCCGUGGCGUUGCCGGAGAAGGAGGUGAUAUUGUUUCUCUCUCAUGGUAGGGAGAAGAAAAGUAUUAAUGUGCUUCUUGGAUUGCCUGCACCAGCUAUGGAGAAAUUUGAACAACUUAUGGAGAUAUAAUUAAGGGGCAAAUUAAAUUAAUUAUGAGGCUUUAAUUUUGUAAUUGUCUUUUUUUUUUUCUAAGAUGUUUUUGUUUGUCUAAGGUAUUGUUGUUUGUAUUGGUGUAACAAUGUAUUAUUUGUGCUAUUGUUUUGUUUACUCUAUUUUGAUGAAAAGUAUGCGAUUGAGGUGCAUAGUAAAA